UGUAUGUGGGGAGAAGAGAAGCCGUGGUGGACCUCGGCAUUCUUCCCCAGAUUACGCCGGCUACUGAUCACGACACACCCGUAAGCAUAGACAUCUCCUUGCUAUCUAGGCGUAUCAUCCUCUCAUCUCAACUUUCUGCACACAACAGGUACCGUGACUUAAACGUGCUCGUCACUCGCAUUGUCUUCUCGACUCUACACGUUUAGCCUGAUUGCAUCUACGCGCGACAAGAACAUGUCUUCGAAGCACUUUCGCAUAAAGGAGCAUAAAGUAGAGGCAUCGCACAUCCGUGGCUGGCCGCGCUCCACAGCUACGAAGCAGGAAGAAGUCCUUCAUCUAGCCGUCAAGCAGUACACACCCCUCAGCAACACCAGCCCCAAACCCGGAGACAUUACUAUCAUCGCAGCGCAUGCAAAUGGAUUUCCAAAAGAACUCUAUGAACCACUAUGGGAUGAGCUCCUAAAGAAGAGCCAGCAACAUGGCUUCGGCAUCAGAGGUAUAUGGAUAGCCGAUGUUGUGCAUCAAGGCUGGAGCAGCGUUUUGAACGAAGAUAAGUUAGGCAACGACCCGGCCUGGCUUGACCACAGCAGAGAUCUCCUGCACAUGGUGAAUCUUUUCCGCGAUGAAAUGCCUCGCCCCAUAAUCGGUGUUGGCCAUAGCAUGGGUGGUUGCCAACUUGCCAAUCUCGCCCUCUUGCAUCCCCGUCUCUUCGAAACCCUGAUCCUCGUCGACCCUGUCAUCCAAGGCCAGGUUUCACUGAACGGCAAUGUUGGGCCAGCUGCUGCAUCAUCAAGACGACGUGAGCUCUGGCCAUCACGAGAAGAAGCCGCGAAGAGUUUCAGCAAGAGCAAGUUUUACCAGGCGUGGGACCCGCGGGUGUUAGACCUAUGGGUGCAGUAUGGAUUAAGAGAUGUACCAACAAAAUUGUUCCCUGAUGCAAAGAAGCCCGAGGUCACCCUGACCACCACGAAGCAUCAGGAGGUCAUGACAUUCCUACGACCGAACUUGGCUGCCAGACCUGGGGAUAAAGAACCUUCCUCUGCAGAGUUCACAUUGACCAAUCCGAAGCUUAACAGGAGGACGCAUGCAGACAUGACACCCACCGCCAACCUUCAGUCACCGUUUUACCGAGGCGAAUCCACCAUUGUCUUCAACCAACUACCCUCAAUCCGGCCAUCGGUAUUCUACAUCUUUGGCGAACUUUCAUUCCUGACUGACGACAAAGCCAUUGAGGAUAAGAUGCGCUUGACCGGCUCUGGUGUAAAUGGUAGCGGCGGACGCGCAGAAGGACGGGUAGCAAAUGUCAUGGUGAAAGGUGCAGGGCAUCUGAUACCCAUGGAGAAAGUAGAAGAGAGUGCGGAUCAUAUCAGCAAGUGGGUCAGUCAAGAGAUGAAGAGAUACUGGGAUUGGGAACGCCUAACGGAGGAGGAAUGGGAAGGAAAGCAAGGAGUAGAGAGAACAGUGUUGCCUGAGCGCUUUGUGCAAGAGUUGGAUAGGUUGUUCAAGCCAAAGGAGAGGAAGUCGAAGCUCUGAAACCCAAUCCAUCGGAGAUACGAUAGAGUCCCAGGAUACUCUCGGGGGCGUUCCGUUCGAACCAUAGACACAUUGAUAUCAUAAUUGAAUACCGACUGCAUGCCAC